UAUCUCAAAGACAGUAUAAAAGUGUUCAGCUCGCGCGAGUGCGAGAGCAGUCACCGACCUCAGCGAAUGUCUGUGUUCGCACACUUCGCGCGAGGAAAGCAAGCAGUGAUAGCACGUCUCUUUGAAGACGGGUGAACUAUCAGUCGCGCAUCUACAACGCGGAGGGCAUUCGUUCACUUUGGAUUCCCCGUGUCAAGAGGUCGGUCGCGCUUGCGAUCGCCUAGCAGGUAGGCCCGCCUGCCCCACAUCCACGCGCCGUUUGGCCUACCUCGCGCCUGCCAGUGCCACCCGCUGCGCUGCCGAGAUGGCGGUCGCCGUGAAGGCCUUGCUGGCCUCGCUGUUGCUGGACGCUGCGCUGGCCUCGCUUCUGGGACCUGACCAAACCGUCCCAGCGAUGGACCCGCAGUGGAUCGUGGACCUGGUCGGGGCGCCUCUCCCCGGCCUCAGAGCAGCGGCGGUGUCCAGAGACUUCGACCCCCUGCUGGACCUGGAUCCGGUGGAGCUCUCGCGGUACUGGGGCUACGACGCGGAGCUGCAUCAUGUGACCACGGACGACGGCUACAUCCUGGGCAUCCACCGCGUCAGGAACACCACGGCCGCGAGCGAGGCCCCGGGUGCGAAGCAGCCCGUCGUCGUCAUGGGGCACCCUCUGCUGUCCAGCUCAGCCGAGUAUCUCGUCCUGGGCCCCGGCAAGGCACUAGCUUACAUGCUGGCCGAUGAGGGUUUCGACGUGUGGCUGCAGAACGUGCGCGGAAACACCUACUCGCUGAACCACACGACGCUCAGCACCAAGGAGGCUGCCUUCUGGGACUUUUCGUACGACGAGCACGGCACGCAGGACCUGCCGGCGCUGAUCCAGUACGCGAUGCAAGAGACGGGCCAGCAAGAGGUGCAGUACGUGGGCUUCUCCAUGGGCACUACCAGCAUGUUCAUCAUGGGCGCGGAACGCCCCGACGUGGCUAAGCACGUCAAGCUGUACACCGGAUUCGCCCCGGUCGCCGAGGACAGCAACGCCCGAUCCGCGGCUUGGCGAGGCGUGCUAGAGUCCAUCCCGGUGUUAAAGCUGGCCGCGGCCCCGCUGGGCGUGUAUUGGAUCCUGCCCAGCACGCCGGAGCUGCGCGCGACCGGGGAGACCCUCUGCGCCGACGGCGCCCUGCUCACGCAACCCGCGUGCGUGGCGAUCGAAAACGCCUUUAGCGGCCGCGACGACAAGCAGAACAACGCGACGCUGUAUCCGUACAUCCUCUCGCGGUUCCCGGCCGGAACGUCGUUCAAAAAUUUGGACCACUUCAGACAGGGCCUGGCACCCGGCUUCCAUAAGUACGAUUACGGGACAAUCCAGAACCUCGCGCAUUACGGUCAGCUGACGGCGCCCAGCUACAACCUGAGCAACGUCUUCAUCCCCACCAGGCUAUACUACGGGCCGAAUGACCUGGUGGUAGACGCGCAGGACGUCCUGUCGACGUGCGCCCAGCUUUCCAACGUGCUGAGCUGCGAGGCCGUUGAUGAUCCGGAGUGGACACACAUGAAUUUCGUCUGGGCGAAACAGGCACCCGAGCUCGUCUACAGAAAAGCCAUCGCCAGGAUGAAGGAGGCCGUAUCUUCGGCGUAAUCGUCCGCCGCUCUAAAAUGGAAGCAGAGUUGUAUAUGUGCUAGAGACCUUAAUGUGAACUAAGCAAUAAAUGUUCUUCAUUCUGACGAAAA